AUGCCGCGCCGUGGGAAGCAUCGGGUCCGCGGUAGAUCCAAAGGCCGGCCUCGUACCGGUAGAGCCGGCCCCACCCCGAGUGCAGCUAGCCUUGUCGAGGAUGGUCCCAUCGCGGAUGUUAUUGUUGUCCAAUCACCGAGUAGCGAGCAGCCACAGCAGGCGCAGGUCCGUGCGCAGGCAUUGGAAAAUGGAGCUACCACUCAAUCGGCAGGUUGGGGACGUGUUGGCCCGCGCGAGCUUGGAGCCAUCACCAAGCCUUGGUUUGACGAUUCUUCUCCCACCUCGACGUCCUCCGACGAACAAACCCACUACAACCUCUCGUUCCGCCAGGUCUUCACGCCAGGAAAGAGGCGCCCCGAUACCAACAAGCUCCUCACACCCGUCAAACAGAUCCAGAGGCUGCAGGAGGUCGUCGAGAGCUCGCCGCGCAAAGAGAGAGCCCAGCGCCGAGAGCUCCUGCGCCAGCUGAAUACAUACGGCCGAAACACCUCGGGCGACGACAACGACUACGAUAACUACGACGCAGCCGCCUUCGCUGCCGCCAUGUCGAGCCAGCAGGGCAAAUGGCGGGAGGACCAGGUCCUCGUCAUCUGCCCCGGCAGCCACACCACCAUGGCCCAGCUGGGGUGCGCUGAGCUCACGCCGCCUGCGCAUCGCAUCCCCACGCGCAUGUUCAAGGGCGAGGAGAGCGACGAGUACAGACCGUACUUUACAUAUAAGCGCAAGAGGGCCGGCGCGGUGGGAGGCGCGAUUGAUGCUAAUGGCGCGAAAGAAGGUGACGAUGGAUGGGAGUGGGUUGAGGAUCGCGACAGCAUUGAGGGCGUGAUUUACCCUAUACAAGGUGGGCGCAUAGUGAACAUGGAAGCCUUCCUGGCUUUCCUCGAUCAUGUACACAGCUUACUUACGACAACCUACCACAACACGCCAAUUGUACUCAUGGCAUCCCCGCAAUGGACUCGCCCAGACUGCGAAUCGAUAGCCCGGUACAUCUUCGAGAAGACCAAGACGCCAGCUCUGUGCCUGCUGAACAGCGCUGUUGCAGCACAAUACGGACUGCGAUGGCCGACCAUGACGGUAGUGGAUAUCGGAUUCGAGAAGCUCGACGUCACUUGCCUAUACGACAACAUCAUUGUCAGUCACAAGGACCUGGGCUACCCCACACCCGUACGAGAGGUCUCCGGAGGAGAGGUGUUCACACAGAAGCUGCUAUCGAUCCUAAAGGACAAGGGCUUCACGUACGACAUGGCCGAGCAAUUGAAGAAGAGUCCGAUAUGUGAGGUGCUGCCAUAUGCGGUGGAUCAGCCAGAGUUGAUGGAGCUCCCUACCGAAGGUGAUGCAUCUGCAGCAUCAACCGAAGGACCGAAGGUCAUAGAGCCCGCGCAACCAGCACCUGCUUAUAGUGUGGAUCACGAGAGUGGCAGCAUCGAAGAAAAGGCUGCCGAUGAAGGUGUUCUUGAUGUGGCCAAUAUCGUUACCAGCGGUAACACACGUGAAUUCCUGGCCAAGCGAGAGCGGGAGAAGGCGGAGAGGGCCAAAGCCAGAAAGGCAGGCAAGGCCGCCGAAGCCGCCGAGGCUGCCGCGGCAGCCAAGGCUCGGCUACCUAAUUCGAAGCGAAAGCAUAACAUAUUCCACUAUGAGGACCUCGCGCUCGAAGACGUACAGGUGCCCGUCUCAAACGGAGCUCCUCAGCCUGCACCCGCAAGUAUCCCUGGAACGGCAACUCAGGGUGCUCCAGCCAGUGGGGAAGCAAAGACCGAGCCCAAGCCUGAGGGUACCGGUGGAACAAAUAGCGACAAUCUUCCCGUGCCUGCGGAGCCGACCAAGACCGUAACGGAGAGAAGAACGAAGCGAGUGCGGAAAGAUAUCGAGAUUGGUCUUGAGCGUUUCAUGUUUGCGGAUCGCGCCGAGAUAGACCGCAUGACGGAAACGAUAUAUCGCGCUAUUCAGAACAUCGACGAGGUGUACAAGCGAUCUGCCUGCUGGGAGAAUAUCGUGUUCGUCGGGAAUGGUAGUCGUCUUCGGGGCCUCAAGGAAAACAUCAUGCAAACACUUGCCGCCCGCCAUCUCAUCUCACCCAGUACUGCUACCAUUUUCACUUCGGAGCUGCCUUCUAACAUGGCAACGCCGACUGGCACUGGUUCGCAGACUCCUACAGGCUCUUAUGCGGGCCAACUGCCAACCUCCAGCUCCGUAAACCCACUCCUGCAAGCCGCGACGACGGCUUCGCUAGGUGUACCCGGCGCGGCUCAGGCGCCUGGCUCUGCCGCCGGCGAUGGUCUUAACGGUCACCACGCUCACGGGCAGACGCCCAUGAGCAUCAAGCAGGCUCCUAUGCCGACAUACCUAGCCGAAUGGACCAAGAAUGGCUUCGAAGAGUCGAUGUUCUUGGGCUCGCUGAUCGCCGCUCGGUUGGCGUACUGCAUUCAUAACCUGGACGCGGCUGGUACCGACGCUCAGCGUCUGAUGAGUCUCAACCGUGUUGACUACAACGAGAAUGGCCCUAAGGCUGUAUCGAGAGGCGCAGCUCCUCUUGAGCGGGUCGGCUCGGGAGAGAGACCUAUUGCUGCUGCUGAUGCUGCUAUGUUUGAUUACAACAACGCAUUGAGCGCACGUUCGAAGCGCGAGCGACAUCUGGGCUUCAACGGGCCUGGAUGGAAGAUUCUCCGCUCAGAUACCCAUAGUGGUAGUUUGUAG